CCUUUCAAAAAUAAAGUAAACUAAUAAUUUCCAAAUUAAAAAAAAUUGUAAUGAAAAAAAAUCGAUGAAAGUGACAACUGCAUACAGAUAUACUACUAAUAUUUUAAAUUUUUGUCAAAGAAGUCAUGUUUCCAAAUUACUGCUUUACCAAAUCAACCAAACAGCAAGGUUUUGACAUUCAGCGGCGACCGUACAUGCCCAGAGACGGCUACCCACGCAGUGGCCGGCCCUCGGAGCGAUCGGCAGCAUUUAGCAGAAGUGGAACACCUCGCCAGGGAAUGCGCUACGCGGACGUCUCUGGGCCGGGACCGGGAUAUCAGGGAAGCGUCAACAGCAAGCGUCCCAAGCGAAAGCUGCCAAUGUCGAGCAGCAUCAAAAAUAUGGCAUAUAAACCUCCAUCAGCCCUCAAGCCGACUUCGUCCAGACGAAACGUGGCCUUUCAAUUGCCCGCAGUGGUGUGCGUCAGCAAAGAGUCCGUGGGGCACACUAAAAAGCAUGCACGCGUACCGGCAGGCGAGGACAUGGUUAGGGACCGACAUUGCAAGCGACAAGCAAAUGUACAAGUCGACGAUCCGAAUCAAGAGCUGCAGGAAUCCUUCGCCGACUUCUUUAGCAUCAUUCACGACAAUGUCCUGGAGACGGUGCAGGGAGCCGUGCAGAGUAUGGUGACCAAGUGCUUUGAGGAGUCCAUAGCAAAGAUGGAGCUACUGUCGUCGGAGAUGCUGCGCCAGGAGAAGAUGCUACACAAAAUGUUUCGCGACAUCAACGCCAAAAUCGACGAUCAGAACGAGACGAACCUGAACCAGUUCAAGUUCGUCACACAAAUGCUAAUCGACAACCAAACGGUGCACUAUCGUGCCCUCAACCAAGCCAAAAUGGACAAACGGCGCCACCAAGCCGAACGAGAUAGUGAGAAGGAGCGGGGACGAGAACGGAAGAAGAAACGGUCCACCUGUGGAAGUGAGGAGAAUGAUCCCAAUAUGAGAGGGCCACAGCAUCAGUUGUGGCAGCAACAAAACCGUCACAUAUACCACACCGAAAUGUGCAAGCCCUACACGCAGGACGAAUGCAAGACAUGUCGACCUGCACCACCGUCUAGGCCACCCUCUAGGCAACAGUCCGUGCCACGCCUGCAAAAUAAAAUGCCCGCCGCCAGCAUGCCUGAUCUGUCGAAGCGAGCCGUAUCCAAUAACGGCAUUAACCGUGCCAUGCAGCCCGAAGUGCAGUCAUUAAAGGCAAGGCCCAACCGGCAGUCCAGCAGGCAACGUGCUCCCUGCCCAGUCCUUGCCUAUCCGCCAACCUUACGCAGCGACUCAACCACACGUCGAUGCGUCAAGAGUGGCUCCAGCGUAGAGCAUUUGGAAUAACAUAAAGUAUUUUGUCCAUAUCUAAGUUCACAGAUCUGCCAUGGCAGCCAGUUGUAUAGCAUGAGAAGGGAUCAGAAAUGGCACCAUAUCCUUCUUUUGCCAUACAACUGUCUGUCAUAGUUUGUAUUCAAAUCAUCGUACAAUUAUAAAGAUAUUUUAAUAAAGAGAAUGGAAAGAUGGAAAAUUUCUCU